UUUUCUAAAAUUACUUUGUUUUUACGAUGAAAUUGUACUUGUCUUUAAUCCUCCCAAUCCUCGCGCAUCUAUCAAAGCAAAAAACUCAUCAAAACUCAGUAAUUUACACCGUAUUCUGAGCAAUGCUCGUUGCGUUAGGCUUAGGGCGCCAAGAAUCUUCUCGAGGCGUUUGGUACCGUACUCUUUAUUGCAGUAGUCGUAGUGGUGAGUGACACUAGACCGGCUUUGGGUUCGAGAGGGCCGGUUCCCCAAGUUUGCAAUCUAUUACACACACGCUUUGUCCGGUGUGCUUUGGGAUCUUGAAAGUUCAACUGACCACGAACAAAUCAAGCAGAAUAUCCAUAAGCAUUUGUAGUACACUUAGGGGAUCACUCCAACAGUUUCUAGUGGUCAUUCACCUUUCUUCGGUCCCGUACGUAUAGGGCGCAGCGCCUAUGCAUGUGGUCUUCCUUUCAUUGCCCUAUUCACCGUAGUAAUACAAGAGCCAGCCCAUCAUUUUUCGGCUCAGCUGCUUUUUUUCUUACAGACACGUACCGCUAAUUGUAUUUAUUAUGAUAUAUGUAUGUAUAUAUCAUGAUUUCUAACCAUUGCUACCGUGCAGUGACCGUUGCUCUGAUCGGUGCACACCGACUUUGUGUACCGGACGGAUCCCCAUCGGCAUCACAUCAGCAUUCGUUCACAGUCAUUGAACACAACGAACUUCGUUAGGCCAUAUCAUACACCGUUGGCGACGAUACUUGGCGGCUGGUGAAGUCGCACGCUAACGCAUAUAAUAGAAUCCAAUAUAUAAUGCCUUUGCUUAGGAGUAAACGCAUAUGAUAAUGUCUGUGAGCUUUGGUCGUCGCUGAAGGUGUAAGAACGUAAGGAUGUGGAUAAAAACGUUCGAAAUCAAUUCACAGGUUUAUUUUACGGCGGGCUAGUGUAGAGCUGAAGGGACAGUUACAAAUAGCGAGAAGAAUGAAAAAACAAUUUGAAUUAAGAAGGAAAAAAAGUUUACAACAUUGAGUUCUUUUUGAUUGGGAUUGACGCAAUCGCUAAUGUUGAACCAUUUGUAUCAGUAAGUUAACUGCGCUGCUUGGCUGGAGCUGGGUUUCCUAUUAAGGCAAAUUUACUUGUGUUUUUAUAGCCGUUAAUGGUUGAUUUUCUGAAUACACACACACUGUUGUUGCUGGCGUUGUUGGUCUGUAGUAGAUUCUAAAGAGAGGGUGUGUUUUUGAUCGGAUAUCAAUAACCGUCAUGUUUAAUGUAUUUUGUAUGCUAAAACAAACAAGGAGACAUUCUUCAUCUGAGAGAAAGAACGAAAGGCUCGAAUUCGACUUGCAAUAAUUGGCUCUAUCGUACCUACCACCGGGAGUGAACAACAGAAGGCAGAGCUCAUUUGAUUCAAGACAAAUUUGCUUGCGACUUUGAUUUGAAUUUGAUUGACUGAUUGAUAAUUGAUCGAUGAUUGAAUCCUGAAUUGUAUGAAAUGAAUUAUUGUAGUCGGAUUGUGACUACCUCACAUUUUGCAUUUAUCUUUUUGCAACAGGCAAUAAUUAUUCGAUUGGUGAUCGAUUAUUAUCUAGCAAUUUUAUGACGUUUUCUUGUCUUAUCGACAUGUAAAAUCAGAAUGACCCGUGACAAUUAUUUGCCUUCUUGUUUUCUUACUGGUGCUUCUUCACUCAUUGUCGAUUUUGUCGACAUUAUUCCGUGUGUCCCUUGUAUAUCUUUUUGUUGUUGUUGUUGUUGUUGUUGGUUCGCUCUCUCCUCGAUUUGCAGUUGCCCACAGCCGCACACAGAAUCAUUGUCUGUGCCUGUCUCAGCUACAGUACAACUUAACACCAACACCAGUUGCUUAGAACACCCCCGGGUGUGUCUCUUCCAUUCACGAUUUGGAGUGUUUAUUGGAGAGUGCCGGGUGAAGGCGCGAGGCGUUUGGCCGAAAACCCACCAGCAGAAUUGGAAGAGCUGCGAGAAGCGAAGUGUACGCGCCCUUCUUCCGAUACAGAUCUUCACUCGCUCAGAUAAACGCUCAGGCACAGAUAUAGAGUGAGUCCUCCAAGGGGAACAACAGCAGCCGAGCAAACCGUACUACACCUACCUAACCAGCUCAGCUAAGCCCAGCCCAACCUAGCCGCUAGCCACGCCGAAAGCUCAUCGUCGUCGUUUGUUCGUUCGUUCCAAACCGAUUGCCGCGAAUUGCCCUUCUGUCUCAGUCGAUCCUCUCCAUAGCCGUCGCAGGCCUUCGACGAUAUAUAGGCACCUAGGAUAUACGUAGCAAGAUAUAUAUAUAUACGAAUAUAUAUACAUAUACAUAUAUAUACAUAUAUAUAUAUAUAUAUAUAUAUAUAUAUACACGUUGAACUAUUUCGAACUAGCUCACUAGUAGAAAAAACAGCAGCACGUUAUUAUCGUAGUAGUUAAGAACGUUCUUUAGAAAAAACAUGUCGUACCGCCAGCAACAGCGUGGAGGAGGCCGUUAUGAGCCCGAUCCUUGGCAAAGCGGUAACGGAUGGGGCGGACAGCAGAUGUGGCAAGGGGGUGGUCAGGGCGGAUACGGAGGUGGCCACUACCAGGGUGGCGGCGGUCAGGGUGGUUAUGGAGGAGGCCAUCAGCAGGGCAACCAGGGGUACUAUCAACAGGGCCCGCCGCACGGCAUGCGCCAGGCGCCACAACGCCAUGGCGGUGGAUAUCAGCAGCAGGCACGCGGCUAUGGCAACCGCCCGCCAAUGCAGCAGGCACACCAGGGAGGGAGUCGCGGCGUUAAAAGGCCGACACCGCAGCACUUCAACAAUGGGGGUGUCACCGUUGUUAAGAGAUUACGAGGAGCUCGGGGAAAUGGUGGUCGUCCGAACCAAAAGGCCGCCGUGAAGAAAGAACAAGCAAACAAGGAUGAAUGCGUUGUUCUGGACGACUCUGAAAAAAAGACCCCAGAAGGCUUCUGCAAAGUUUGCCAAGAGAAAUUCGAUGGCACAUAUAAUCAGCACAAGUUGACUAAACCUCACCGUGAAAAGCGGACACAGAAAUAUCCGUCAUGCGGUCCUUGCGGUCUCAAGUUCAAUGGCGAUGAUGCCCGUCAGAGAUACGAGGUUCAUCUCGGCUCGAAGACUCAUAUGCAGGUCGUCGAGACGGCUGAAUUGGACAUCAAAGAGGGACAGGAGCCUGAAGGAACUGAGCUUUGUGAAGACGUCGAGGCAGUGAUGUGUACCCUCUGCGAAUGCGUCUUCAAAAAGGAGUUUGUCGACACGCAUUGCAAAACCAAAGGCCAUCUUAAGCGUAUUACAAAGAAAAAGGCCGAGGCCGACCGUGCCGCGAAGAAAGCCGAGGAAGAGGCUGCCAAGGCUGCGGGUGGUGCGACGACCGAGGGCGGCGAUUCGGAGGAUAAAGCCACCGCUGAAGAUGAUGAAGCGGCCGAAAAUGGCGAAGGUGAUGAAGACGAUGAGGACGAUAACGAGGAUGAUGUUCAGGAUGAAGAUGAUGAGGGAGGCGAAGGCGGGGAAGGAGAUGGAGAUGCUGAAGGCGACGCUGGAGAAGGCGAGGACGCACCCGUAGAUGAAGCCGAAGCCGAAGCCGAAGCUGAGGCUGAAGCCGCACCGGAGGCUGAGCCUGAACCAGAAGUAGCUCCGGUAGAAGAGGCGGAACCUGUCGCCGAGCCGGAGGAACCUGCCCCUGAACCUGCUAAGGCUAGUCCCGUGAAGAAGACACCAGCUAGACGUGGCCGUGGCCGAGGCCGAAAGUAAACUUUUCGAGUUCGGGAUCAAGUUCUUUUGUGCUAAAGAUGGGCUGCAAACGUGUUCUCAACAUAAUUAUAAUAAUUAGGUUAAUGCGGUUCAAAUAAGGCGAGCAGAAUACACACAAAGUGUUUCCUUCAUUCAUCGAAUGAACGUAUCUUGCACGAUGACAGGGGCCACAUAAACUGAAGAAAAAACGAAAACAAAGAAAAAUAAAAGAAAAUGCACAUCGCGGCGUGGGAGAGGAAGCAGAUGAGUCAACAAUCCAUGAAGUUCAAUGAUACAUUCAAUGAGGACCGCAUAGCGGUAUUCCUGAACAGCCCAAUAACCGAGCAGGUGUCCUAUGCACGAUACCAGAGCUCUGAUCUUCUAAUUCUAAUUACAUUGAUUACUUAUACUCGAAUAGCCAGCGGCGAACAUAUUGAUGAUGCAUGCUAAUAAGGACGAAAGAAAAGAUGUACGAAUAGAAUUAUUAAUAUUACUAUUAUUAUUACAAUGCUAGUGAUGAUGCGAUUAAUUGCGAUUCAAGUGGGGAACUCUGGGCACGAACAGAAACAUGGGAGAGGUAAUUUAAUUCAACGUUCAAUAAACAUACGUACAUGCAUAUUAUACAAAUAUAAACAAUAAAAAAAACAAGAAACGACUCGGAACACAUCCCGUCAAACCUGAGAUUGGGACAUUAGCCGAAAGUAAAAAACGCGUAGUUUUUUGCCUACGCAGGUAGUCGCUAUUAGUAGAAGAGGAGCAUGAAAAUGAAAAACCAUCCUAAGGGGGGUGAAGACGGACCUCUACGCUGUCGUAAUGUAUGAACGCGCAAGCAAGAAUUUAAUGAAUAAUUAAUAACAAUUGCAAAUAUUAAUGCACCUAAUUUCGCUGUCAUCACCUCUAGAAAUAGAGGAAACCUAUAAUUUCAUCACUGUAAUUAUAACAAUAAUAGUAAAUAGUAUAACAAGAGGAACAAAACAAAGCUAGAUAACAAAACAACGUGUAAGAUUUGCUACAUUAAAAUUAUAUCACUUCCAUAGUUCGGUAAUCACAGACAAGAUCACAGACCACUGUUAAUUAGUGUUAGCGUACAUAGUAUUGGCAAUAAUGAGGCAAAGCUAAUAAUAGUUAUUAUUAGACUGAACAAAAAGGGGUAACCUUGUCAUAUGCGCGUAGCAGGUUCUAGUAACGAUUAUGAAACAUGAAUGAACCGAAAACGAAAGAAAAGAAAAAGGUAAGCGAAACAGAACAAGCGAACGAAACGAAAGAAAGGAUGUGGAGCGGUCGUAUGUAAAUUUGUGAACAUAACCUUUUGUGUUGGUCAUCUUUGCGCAUUAAAUAAGCAUCAAGAAACAAAGCAUUACAAACGGAUGAACACGCAAAUAAAGUAAUCAACCAUUAACUUACAAUGAAA